AUGUUGCGCGGGCUCAUGAGCCUUGCGCUCGCGUCCGUUUAUGUGCAUUAUGCGGCAGCACGAGCAAUAAACGGAGACUUACGCAGUCUGAUCGUGGAGGAGCGGGCACCGCUGCAAGAUAUCGUAACGUGGGACGAGCAUUCGCUCUUCGUUCACGGCGAGCGUGUCAUUUUCUGGGGCGGCGAAUUUCAUCCCUUCCGCCUUCCUGUUCCGAGCCUUUGGCUGGAUGUCUUCCAGAAAAUCAAGGCCAUGGGAUACAAUGGUAUUUCUUUCUACUCUGCGUGGGUUAUUCAUGAAGGCAAGCCGGGAGACUUCCGUGCUGAGGGUAUCUUUGACUGGGUUCCCUUCUUUGAGGCUGCGAAAAAAACCGGAAUCUAUCUCAUUGCUCGACCCGGCCCAUACAUCAACGCCGAAGUAUCGGGAGGUGGCUUUCCGGGAUGGCUGCAGCGCAUCUCCGGUAAUCUUCGGACGCCAGAUGAGGACUAUCAGGCAGCCUCCAAGAACUAUAUCGAAUCGAUAACACCCAUCAUCGCGAAAGCACAGAUAACCAACGGUGGCCCAGUCAUAUUGUUCCAGCCCGAGAACGAGUAUUCCAUGGGUGCGAACAACGUAACAUUUCCUGACGCGGAUUAUAUGAACACACUGAUGCGCCAAUUUCGGGACCUUGGCAUUGUGGUACCUUUCAUCAACAAUGUUGCUUGGCCUAAUGGCGUUAACGCGCCUGGCACAGAUGCCCCGGUUGACAUCUACGGCCAUGACUCGUAUCCAUUAGGCAUGAACUGUACUGAUCCUACUUACUGGAUCGACGAUGCUUUGCCCACGAACUGGAGGGAGACACAUCUCAAUCAGAGCGCAAAUACACCAUACACAAUUCCAGAGUUUCAAGGCGGGGCGUAUCAAGGCUGGGGACAGGACGGUUUUGAUCGUUGUGCCCUCUUCACAGGAAAAGAGUUUGAGCGCGUAUUUUACAAGAACAACAUCGCUGCAGGGCUUACAAUAUCGAACGUGUACAUGACAUUCGGUGGCACCAACUGGGGCAACUUGGCGGGUGCUGGCAACUACAUGUCGUACGAUUACGGUGCAGUCAUUACGGAAGAACGUCAGGUACAUCGUGAGAAAUACAGCGAGGCCAAGCUGAUUGCACACUUUGUGCAAGCGUCGCCCGCGCUAGCUUCAGCAGUACCUGGAUACAAUACGACAGGAGUCUACGCGACCAAUGAGGCCAUCACGGUGACGCCGCUCAUUGGCGAAAAGACCAGGUUUUACGUCGCACGCCAAACGAAAUACAAUUCCCUCGCAUCAGAGACAUACAAGCUUACAGUUCAAACCAGCCAGGGCAACAUUACAGUACCGCAGCUUGGAGGGGAGCUGUCUAUCAACGGUCGUGACUCAAAGAUCCAUGUCGCAGACUACAACAUAGGCGACUUCAACUUGCAUUACUCCAGCGCCGAAGUCUUUACAUGGAAGACCUACCAAGAAAGAACAGUUCUUAUUGUGUAUGGAGGCAUGGGUGAAACCCAUGAGUUGGCCGUCGCUGAGACCAGUGGAGCAACAGCAGUGGAGGGCUCAGGUGUCAAGUUCUCGAAUCGCAACGGCAACACCAUCUUGCACUGGACCACUAGUGAAAAACGUCGCACGGUACGCGUCGGUUCGAAUUUGUACAUCCUCAUACUUGACCGCAAUUCUGCAUACGAUUACUGGACCGUGAGUACGUCACCGGAAGGUAGCUACUCCCAUGUUGCGACACCAUCCAGCGAUCUUAUCGUUCGUUCUGGCUACCUUGUUCGUAAUGCUACGAUGACAGAUGCAGAUAUUCAUCUUUCUGGCGACGUCAAUGCAACAACAGACGUUGAGGUACUUGGGGGUGCCCAUGCACAUAGUGGGGGGCUCAUCUUCAACGGAGUUUCGAUCCAGUCGAAGCUCGAUAGAAAUGGCUUCCUGAAGGCUACUGUAGAUUUUCAAGCUCCUGCUCUCCAGCUGCCAAGCUUGAGUGCUCUCGAUUGGAGAUACACGGAUGCGCUACCUGAACUCGACUCAUCGUACGACGAUUCAACGUGGACGGCUGCCGAUCACACUGAUACCAACAAUACGUAUUGGCCAUUGACCACCCCAACCGUACUCUGGGGCUCUGAAUAUGGGUACAAUACGGGCUCAUUGAUAACUCGCGGCCACUUCAUCGCGACAGGCAAUGAGGAUGUGAUUCAUCUCAAUGUCUCCGGAGGACCAGCGUUCGCUUUCUCAGCCUGGGUAAACCAGACCUUUAUCGGAUCGUGGCCGGGAACUAAGGAUGCGGCCAUCGCAAACAUGACACUAAACAUGCCCGUAUUGCAUCGCGGCGAGCACUAUGUAUUGACAGUGUUGAGCGACCAUAUGGGGCAGUAUGGCAACUGGUUUGCUGGAUACAACGAGAUGAAGACACCGCGUGGCAUCAUUGGAUACAGCUUCCCAGGCCACACCCCAUCUCUUUCCAAUGCGUCGCGACUUGAUGACGGUAUCAGGUGGAAGAUAACAGGUAAUCUUGGGGGUGAAGCCUACUUGGACAAGUCGCGCGGCCCGCUCAACGAAGGCGCUCUUUGGGUCGAACGAAAAGGUUACCAUCUCCCCUCCGCACCCACUUCAAGUUGGGUCGAUAGCGCCGGUCCAGGUACUGGUUUGUCACACGCUGGCGUCGGCUUUUACAGUACUACCCUUCGCCUCGAUAUACCCGGCGGCUGGGACAUACCCCUGUCUUUCAUCUUUAAUGGCGACGCGUUCAAUGGCCAAGGUCGAGGGUGGCGCGCCCAGCUCUGGGUUAACGGAUAUCAAUUCGGUAAGUUCGCAAACGGUAUCGGACCACAGCGACGAUUUCCGGUACCCGAGGGUAUAUUGAACUAUCGCGGCGAUAACUACAUUGCUGUAAGUAUUUGGGGACUUGAGGCUGGGGCCGUGAAACCUACCAGCAUAGAGUUGGUGGCUGGUAUGCCGGUGCAGAGUGGGUAUGGUGAAAUUCAGCUGGCGCCGGUGGAGCAGUGGGCGGAAAGGGAUAACGCAUAUUAG